CACUCCACGAGCCACAUGGUUAUGCAAGGCAGAAGGUGGGGCCCAAUCUACCUCCAAAUUAAAUACAUGGACAGAACAUGAAGCCCACAUUCUGAGUAAAGGCGCACGAGGAGUGCAAACUCCAUCAUGGAGCUAUCUGUGGCAGUCACACUUUUCCUUGUCAUCUACCUGUCUUGCCUUGCCAUUGUAUCAUUUAAGAAGAAAUUAUCGAGCAAGGGGAGGCUUCCUCCGGGACCCACUCCUUUGCCUCUGAUCGGGAAUUUCCUGCAGAUCAAGUCAUUAGAAAUCUUAACAUCUCUUCUCAAGCUUCGAGAAAAAUAUGGCCCUGUGUUCACUGUAUAUUUCGGAACCCGUCCGAUUGUGGUCUUGUGUGGACAUGAUGCUGUGAAGGAGGCCCUGAUAGACAAGGCAGAAGAAUUCAGUGGAAGAGCCACCAAUCCUACUCUGGAAAGGACCUUCCAAGGUCAUGGAGUGGUAUUUUCCACCGGGGAGCGCUGGAAGCAACUACGCCGGUUCUCCCUCACCGUCUUGAGGGAUUUCGGAAUGGGGAAAAAAUCCAUUCAAGAGCGGAUUCAAGAGGAGGCUCAGUUCCUGCUGGAGGAAUUCAAGAAAACUAAGGAGAAACCCUUUAAUCCUGCCUUCAUCCUCAGCUGCGCUGUCUCCAAUGUUAUUUGCUCCAUUGUAUUUGGUAAUCGCUUUGACUAUGAGGAUAAGGAUUUCCAGGCCAUUAUGGAAAUGAUGAACAGCAGCUUUCGGGAGAUGAGCUCAGCCAGAGCCCAGUUGUACGACAUCUAUGUCAGCAUCCUGAAGUACUUCCCAGGGCCCCAGGAUAAAGUCUAUGACCUCCUGGGUGGGAUUAGGACUUACAUUGCCAAGAGAGUGAAAAAGAACCAAGAGACCCUUGACCCCAACUUCCCACGGGACUUCAUUGACUGUUUCCUCAUCCAGAUGGAAAAGGAAAAAGAUAACCCAUCCAGUGAAUUUAACAUGAGAAACCUGGAGCUCACAGCUCUUACUCUUUUCUUCGGCGGAACAGAGACUGUCAGCUCCACCUUGAGAUAUGGAUUUCUGCUCCUGAUGAAAUAUCCUGAAGUCCAAGCAAAGGUGCAUGAAGAAAUUGACCAAGUGAUUGGACAGAACCGUGCCCCAAAUAUUGAAGACCGGAGCCAGAUGCCAUAUAUGGAUGCUGUCAUCCAUGAAGUGCAGAGGGUCAGUGACCUGUUUCCCAUGGCCCUGCCCCACAUGGUUACGCGUGACACUGAAUUCAGAGGCUACAUGAUUCCCAAGGGAACGGAAGUCUACCCUGUGCUCAGUAGUGUCCUGCAUGACCCCACAAUGUUUAAAAACCCUCAUGCUUUCAACCCAGGGAAUUUCUUGGAUGAGAAUGGAUGCUUCAAGAAGAAUGAUGCUUUUGUGCCAUUUUCUUCAGGGAAGAGGAUCUGUUUGGGAGAAGCCUUGGCCCGAAUGGAACUUUUCCUCUAUUUCACCACCAUCUUGCAGAGCUUCCGGCUGAAGCCCCUUGUGACCCCAGACAAAAUUGACACAACACCCGCUGAGAAUGGAUCUGCAGUCAUCCCACCCUUCUAUGAAUUUUCUGUCAUCCCACGCUAACUGGGAGAGCCUUUGUCCACAGCCAUAACUCUAUAAUAUAAGUCAUAUUCCCCCACCUACAUUAGGGAGAAGAGAUGACACUCAUUUUUUUCUAGCUCUCAAAUGGUUGACUUCCAUCCCACAACAGCAGAAUAGGGAUUUUUGGAAUUGAGUGCUAUUGAACCCACCAGCUUGUGGAUUGGUAACACAGGAUUCAUUACAAACUUUUCAAUUUGUGACCCUUGUGCAAGCAGGACUACUGACUGACAGGUCAGUGAUUUGAAUCCAGGGAGAGCGUGGAUGAGCUCCCUCUGUCAGCUCCAGCCCCCCAUGCGGGGACAUGAGAGAAGCUUCCCACAAGGAUGGUAAAACAUCCGGGCGUCCCCUGGGCAACGUCCUUGGAGAUAUACAAUUCUCUCACACCAGAAGCGGCUUGCUGUUUCACAAGUUACUCCUGACAUGAAAUUGACAGCAACAAUUUUUCCUGUCAAAAUUACUCUGUGCAGGGGUGAGAAGAGCGGAGUAGAAAUGUUGUAAAUAAAUAAAUAAAAUAA